AUGUUUCUUUCCCUCAGAAUCGUUUACUUCUCAACGUUGCGAUCGUGUCCCUCGUGGUCACCGUCGCCACUGCUGGCGGAGGUGGAUUUAGCAGUGGACAUGGAGGUGGAUUUAGCAGUGGACACGGAGGUGGAUCUGGAGGAUCCGGAGGUUACGGCGGCAGAGGAUUCGGUGGCGGUGGCUUUGGCGGAGGACACGGAGGAGGAUUUGGCGGUGGCGGAUUCGGAGGGUCUGGAGGCUACGGCGGCAGAGGAUUCGGAGGAGGUGGAUUUACCAGUGGACACGGAGGUGGAUUCGGCGGAGGACGCGGCAGUGGAUUUGGAGGAUCCGGAGGUUAUGGCAGCAGAGGAUUCGGAGGAGGAGGCCAUGGAAGCUUCGGGGGAGGCUUCAGUAGCGGUCGUGGAAGCGGCUUUGGAGGAGUCCCUGAAACGACGUAAUCUACCAUCGAUAUAUUCCCGAGAAAAAAAUGACCGCCGACGAUGCCUUCGUGUCCUGGUGAGAUACAUUUUAAUGAUCAUUGACCUCAAUGUGAAAAGAAUUAAAGAAGUGGUACCUCAUAAACCGCCUCCUCCGAAUCUCUGCCGUCACGGCCUUCGAAACCUCCUUGUCUGA